CAUCAACCUCGCCCCGACCUUCCAUCUACUUUCUUAUCCUACGCCUGGCCAAAGACACACGGCAGAUCAAGCUCGCUAACAGCCCUUCCACCAUUAUGGUCCCCGCAUUAGCAGGGACUGAUACAGCAACGCAAUUGUCAUUGUGUCGACAAACAUCUUUGAAGUGCUUGCCAUAACCAAUGCUUCCUCAACACCGGGACCGCAGAAAUCCAUUCACUCCCCACAAGCGUCGAAGACACGCCUAGUUCGCAAAACAAUCUUGGAAAAGAGAAGGGUUUUGUACACCUGGUUAGAUGGUGAGUUAGAUAUGUGAAGCUAUCUUUGUUUCCCGAAAGGGCCAGGGGCGCCGAAGGUACAUAUCCCAGAGCGACAACUCGUCCAUAGUCAGUCAAACACCCACCGGCCCAAAGCUGUCUCGUCUGGAACCUGGUCUCUUUAGGUGGUAUGGAUACCUCUUCGCACGCAGCUACAGAGGUAACUCAGACAAUCAAAAUCUUUUUUCGGGCACCGCCUAUGUCCGCUUGACCUUAUCAACGCUACUUGGGACCAGUUUGGGGCCUACAUAUUGGUACUUUGACGAAUCAGCCAUAGACUUGGACUGGACCCGUUCUACCCUCUCCACAUUGCAUUAUGCUGUACAACUACUACCCGCGACAGGUACCCACUACCCAUUGCCAGGCAGCCGGGUCGGAUGUACCGUAUCUUUUUCACGACCGUGAACUGUACGGUGUCGGAGAAAGGUCAGUUGGUGGUAGUAAUCUACCAACGUAAAACACAAAUGGCUACCAGGGACCAAAAAGCAUCCAUUACCAAUGGUAUUUUGACAUCGCGGGCCUUGAACCCACAAGGCUGUUCGAAAGGGCAAGUACAUAUCUCCCACUCUGCUGUAACACUUUGAAUUCUUGAGGAUCUUCCAAGUUGGGCAGCAAAACAGGAUUACAGGCUUGCCAGCUUUCCUCCGAGACUUCAAGGAGGUUUGGUAACAUUUGAUUUUACCACCCUCACCAACCGUGGACUCCCGCAAAUUGUGUAGCCAGAUACACCAUCACCACCAGCCAUCAUGACGGCUGGACAAAACAAAUUCCCUCUCGACACGCCACUGGCGUUUUUCGGAACAAUCAUCCACCACCUGUCACCGACACAGAUCGAAAUCCUAGAAAACACAGCUCUGAUCGUCGGGACAGACGGCAAGAUUGCAGCGGUGGAAAGAAACAUCAGCGACGACCAUGUCCUGAACUCACUUCUCUCCGAACACGGCUUAACACGUUCAUCAUCGACGUUCAAGGCUCUAUCACGAGGCGAAUUCUUAAUCCCCGGGUUCAUCGACACGCACAACCACGCGCCGCAAUGGACGCAGCGGGGAACAGGACGAGGCAAAUUCAUCAUGGAGUGGCUGAACAAAACGACAUUCCCACACGAAGCACGGUUCGCGGACCCCGAAUACGCACGCAAGACAUACGCUUCAUGCGUAGACGGAUUCCUCAAACAAGGAGUUACGACAGCCGCGUACUACGGGUCCUUGCACGGUGAAGCGACCAAGAUCCUAGCCGACACAUGUCUCGCCAAAGGGCAACGGGCACUUGUGGGAAAAUGCAACAUGAACCGGCAGUCACCUUCAUACUACGUUGACGCGAGCGCAGCCGAAUCACUCGCCGUAACCGAGGAGUUCAUUGCAUAUGUGCGCAAAAUCGAUCCGGAUCAAAACUUAGUAACUCCGAUCCUGACGCCACGGUUCGCCGUGGCAUGCGACCACGACGUGCUGUCUGGACUAGGCGAGAUCGCGCACAAGAACCCAGACCUCCCAAUCCAAACACACUUUAACGAGACACCGCAAGAAAUGGAACUCACGCGCCAACUGUACCCCGAGUUCGACCACGAGACCGACCUGUACGAGCAUUUCGGACUGUUGAACCACCGCUCCAUUUUGGCUCAUUGCAUCUACAUGGACGACUACGACAUGCAACGGUUGCAAGACCUAAACUGCGGCGUCGCCCAUUGUCCGGUCUCAAACACGACCAGCGGCGUCUUUGGCGUCGCCCCUGUCCGCGAAUACCUCGACAAAAACAUCAAGAUUGGGCUCGGGACCGACUCGGGCGGCGGGUACUCGUCUUCGAUUAUCGAUUGCAUGAGACAGGCCUUUGCUGUGUCCAAGGCCAGACAGCUCACUCAUCCGCACGAUAAACCGCUACAUUUCACGGAAAUGUUGUAUCUCGCCACUCUGGGCGGUGCACAGGUUUGUAAUCUCGACCAUAAGAUUGGCAAUUUUGUCGUGGGCAAGGACUUUGAUGCCCUUGAGAUUCAUACUAUUGGAGAUGAUGCGGGUAUCAUCGCCCUUGUCGAGGACUAUGAUUCCAUAGAGGACAUUCUUGAAAAGUUCAUCAUGACGGGCGAUGAUCGGAACGUUGUAAAGGUGUUUGUCAGGGGACGGUCCGUUAAGCCGUCAAAAUAGAUAUAGGACAUAAUCGUAUAAUACAGAUUAGCUCUGCAGUGACUUCCAGCCUUGCAAAUGGAUGCGCAAAGUGUUUCAGACGAGAGUCGGACCCAAAAAGGGAAUCUGAUACUGGUGAAAUGAGAUGCUAAAGUUUUGUAUUUCACACGAGAACCAA